AUCACAUUUAACACCAAACUUCCAAAAAAAAAAAUCUCCCCCAACCUCGCCCAUCCCGACUCGCCGGCGGCCGCCACGAAACCCUCGCCGCCGCCGACUGUAGGAAUCGCACAUCUCCCCCCUCCCCCUGGAAACAGAAGAAUUCCUUGUCUUCACCCGCGGGACUCAUCGUAUUCGUCCGGCGGAACCUUGUUGGGACUUCAGCGCCGGCCUGGAGACCCCGCGAUGGGGGCGAACGCCGACCCCUCUGGGUCCCUUGGCGGGCCCCACCGCCGCCUCUCCUCCCCGGUGCCCGCGCCGGCGCCGCUGCCGCUGCCGCAACAUCAGCAUGGCGUAGCGGCGAAUACUGUGGCCGCGCUGCGGCACGACCCAGGGCUCGCCGCGCGGUGGUCGCCCGAGGAGCAGGUCCUGCUCGACAAGGGCCUGGCCAAGUUUGUGGCAGAUGCACCUGUAGUUCGCUACGCAAAAAUUGCGAUGACUCUGCCGGACAAGACAGUGCGAGAUGUGGCCCUUCGCUGCAGAUGGAUGGCUAAAAAAGAGUGUAGCAAGAAAAGGAAGGAGGAAUUAUCUAAGAAAAGCAAAGAAAAGAAGGAAAGAGUUGGUGACUCUUCAUCAAAAGGUCCAGCACACAUAGUAUCACGACCUAAUGCUCCAUCAUAUACAGUUCCUGUUCUCCCUAUCGAUGAUGAUGAUGUUUCAUACAAAGCUAUUGGAGGCCCAACUGGACAGCUUUUAGAGCACAAUGCGCAGAUCUUAAAUCAAAUCCAUUCAAAUAUUUCAAACAUGCAGGUACAAGAUAACCUCUCUCUUUUAGGCCAAACAAGGGACAAUAUACUUACAGUUCUGAAAGAGGUAAAUGAUGUUCCUGAAAUAAUGAGGCAGAUGCCGCCCCUUCCUGUAAAGAUGAAUGAAGAUUUGGCCAACUUGAUUUUGCUGAGGCCUCCAGGCACAUGAUAUGUACCGUCAACUCAUCAAUCAGCCUUGUGUGGAGAUCAGUAUAGAAGCUUGGGAGUUCGCUUAUGGAAAGAAAUCGCUAUAGAUACCAGAUACCUGUGUCUACUGUCUAGAUCUUAAAUCCGGACGUGUAACCCCCUUUCCCUUUUAUACCUUGGUUCUAUUUGUUCAGCUGACCGUAGAUGUUGGAUGUACAAAGCCGUCGGUUGCGAUAGGGUUAAACAUGUGUACAGCGAACCUGUGUAAAGAAUAGGAGUUUCAUGUCGCGGUUGUGUAGCGUUGACAUUCAGUUCAAAAAUACAUGCAAAUACAAUCGGCUCCUGAAAUUAUAGAAAAAGCAUCGAAUUGCAAAC